AUGUCCGUGGACAAAAAGGAUCCGUCCAAAGACGACAGCGAAGAGUCAAUGGAGUCAAGCCCAGAGGGGGAAGUCCCCUCCGCACCCCCGCAGCAACAAGCCGAAAGUCAACAACCAAAACGAAAAGGGGGCCGCAAACCGAUAUAUGCGACGUCCGAGGAAAGGAAGCAAAGGAACCGCCAAGCUCAAGCUGCGUUCCGAGAGCGCCGAACCGAGUACAUUAAACAACUCGAGGAGGCCAUCCGAACUCACGAGCAAAACCUAGCAAAUCUCCAAGCUGCUCAUCGCCAUGCCGCCGACGAAUGCCUCAUGCUGCGGUACAAGAACUCGUUACUGGAACGCAUUCUCUUAGAGAAAGGCAUCGACGUCCAGGCUGAGCUGCGCGCCAAAACUGGAAGUCCAAAUCUAGGCCCAACCCAUGUACCUCAAAACCUAGUGCAGCCGCCGCCUAUUCAACGUGCUAUCUUGAAUAGGCACCAUGCCCGCAGGUCAACCUCUGGUGUUGCGCCGAAAUUGGAACCCGGCAUUCCCGUAUCUCCACUGCCUCCUCCAAUGCAUGCACAUGCCUCAGCUCUCUCACCCAAAAAUCGACAUACCCCGUCAUCGCACUCAGCCUCGCCGACCGGCACUGCGACGUUUGGCUCCCAGCAAGGGGCUUCCCCGGCAGCCUCCGAAAGCUUGAACGGGGCGGUCCGGCCCGCGAUGCCACCCAUUGCGGCGAUGAAGGGAGCAGCACCUCAAUUGGCCCCCCUUCACGGCCUGCCAGGACCCCGGCAAAUGCAAGUCCCAAACCUUCAGCAACAAGCGGCCAACCAGGCACGGGGUGCUGCCGUGGGCCCUGCGGGAACGGCAGCCCCGUUCUAUCCCACUCCUUCUUUCCAGAAUCACAUCGAGCAGCUAGGUGAGCUAACUCAUACCCUUCCCCAUCCGCCUCAGCAAGAAUAUGACGCCGCCGCCGACAUGAUGGAUGACCCAGAGGCUCCGGAUACCCCAAGCGGGCCUGGACCCUAUCCUGGUGCUUCUUAUACCAGCGAUCCUCAGCCGAUGUCGCUUUCAUCGCCGGUCACGUCGGCGCCACCCGGUGGCCAACCUAUUACCGGGCAGCCACCGAUCGAGAAUACGGGCCAUACUCAGAAUUCCGCGUUCCCUUCGAUGACGCAGCUUUUGGACCCGAACUACGACUUUGACCCCUUUGGCCUGAGUGCCAGCAUGGCUUUCCCCACCCAGUUCUCGUUCGAUACGAGCAACAUGCGGUGA